AUGGGAAAUAUUCACAGUCUGGACCUCCAUGACUCUGAUUUAGUUGUGGCUAUUGAGAUUGUUGAUACUGCAUCUCGUCUUUACAAAUUUGAUCGAUUUGAGCCCUCUGCGGGUGCAGUAUGGGCUGACAGAGUGACGUUUAAGAAAUCCAUAGGAUUUUCUCCAUAUGAGCUGGUAUAUGGCAAAGAAGUACGAUUACCCUUAAACAAUUUGCUCCCAGUUUACAAAUUUGUUACAGAAGAAGUUUCAGAAGAAGUAAACUUUAUGGAAGAUAGGUUGAUGGCAUUGGCUGAGUUGGAUGAAUUUGGAAGGGAAGCUCAGGAAAGAAACCUACAAAGACAACAAAUGGUAAAGGCUUUACAUGAUAGGAAGGCAUGUGACAUGUCUUUUGAAGAAGGGGAAUGGGUGUUAAAAUGGAAUGCCAAAGAUCAGGAUAAAGGGAAGCAUGGAAAGUUCGAUGCACUCUGGCUAGGACCUUUCAUCAUUUUAGAAAAAAGUGGAGAGAACUCUUAUUACCUGCAGGAUACUGAUGGUCAAGUGCAGGAGUUCUCGGUUCAUACUCAGUAUCUUAAGCAUUUUUUGUAUUGA